GAUGUCGCCUCCCUCGGGGACGGGCAUCGCUCCCGUCGGCACUCCGGGGCCUGAUUCUGCGUCCCCUGCAGAUGCGCAGCACCAGGAGGGUGUCCGUGUGGCCCGUGGCCUUCGUCGGGGGCCUGCGGUACGAGGCCCCGCGGGUCAACGCGGCAGGGAAGGUGGUCGGCUGGAAGACAGUGUUCGACCCCCACCGGCCCUUUGCCAUAGACAUGGCUGGGUUCGCGGUCAACCUGCGGCUCAUCCUGCAGCGCAGCCAGGCCUACUUCAAGCUGCGCGGCGUGAAGGGGGGCUACCAGGAGAGCAGCCUCCUCCGGGAGCUGGUCACCCUCAGCGACCUGGAGCCCAAGGCUGCCAACUGCACCAAGGUACGGCCCCGGGGAACCAACAGCCCUGAUGCGGGGUUCCCACGCCCAGCCAAACCCUCCCUGCAGGUUGGGGAUGGGAAAUAGGCCUGGAAACAGCCU